CCCCGCCCGCCCGCCCGCCAGCCCGCCCGCCGCCUCCGCCCGCCGCCCCGGCCGCGUCGGGUAAACCUGUUUGGCGGCCGCGCCGGGGCGGAUCGUGCGGCCGGCGGCUCCCUCGCGGCUCGCGGCGUCGGGGCCCGUGGCGCGCGCGCGGCCGCCCCUCGGCCCCGGAGCCCCUCGGCGGCACCACCAUGUACUCGGGAGCCGGCCCCGUGCUUGCCCCUCCUCCACCACCACCGCCACCCGUCCAAGGGUAUGCCUUCAAGCCUCCACCCAGACCCGACUUCGGGACCUCCGGGAGAACGAUCAAGUUACAGGCCAACUUCUUUGAAAUGGACAUUCCAAAAAUUGACAUCUAUCAUUAUGAGUUGGAUAUCAAGCCAGAGAAAUGCCCAAGAAGAGUUAACAGGGAAAUAGUGGAGCACAUGGUUCAGCACUUUAAAGCACAGAUCUUUGGGGACCGAAAGCCAGUGUUUGAUGGAAGGAAGAACCUCUACACGGCGAUGCCCCUUCCGAUUGGGAGGGAUAAGGUGGAGCUGGAGGUCACGUUGCCAGGAGAAGGGAAGGACCGCAUCUUCAAGGUGUCCAUCAAGUGGGUGUCCUGCGUGAGCUUACAGGCAUUACACGAUGCACUUUCGGGGCGGCUGCCCAGCGUCCCCUUCGAGACGAUCCAGGCCCUGGACGUGGUUAUGAGGCAUUUGCCGUCCAUGAGGUACACCCCCGUGGGCCGCUCCUUCUUCACGGCGUCCGAGGGCUGCUCCAACCCGCUGGGCGGGGGCCGAGAGGUGUGGUUUGGCUUCCAUCAGUCCGUCCGGCCUUCUCUUUGGAAGAUGAUGCUGAAUAUCGACGUCUCGGCAACAGCGUUUUAUAAGGCACAGCCAGUAAUCGAGUUUGUGUGUGAAGUUUUGGAUUUUAAAAGUAUUGAAGAACAACAAAAACCUCUGACAGAUUCCCAAAGGGUCAAGUUUACCAAAGAAAUCAAAGGUCUAAAGGUGGAGAUAACGCACUGUGGGCAGAUGAAGAGGAAGUACCGCGUCUGCAAUGUGACCCGGCGGCCCGCCAGCCACCAAACGUUCCCGCUGCAGCAGGAGAGCGGGCAGACGGUCGAGUGCACGGUGGCCCAGUACUUUAAGGACAGGCACAAGCUGGUCCUGCGCUACCCUCACCUCCCGUGUUUACAAGUCGGACAGGAGCAGAAACACACCUACCUUCCCCUAGAGGUCUGUAACAUAGUGGCGGGACAGAGAUGCAUAAAAAAGCUGACCGACAAUCAGACCUCAACCAUGAUCAGAGCGACUGCCAGGUCAGCCCCCGAUCGGCAGGAAGAGAUUAGCAAAUUGAUGAGAAGUGCCAGUUUUAACACAGAUCCGUAUGUUCGUGAGUUUGGAAUCAUGGUCAAAGACGAGAUGACCGAUGUGACCGGGCGGGUCCUCCAGCCGCCCUCCAUCCUCUACGGGGGCCGGAAUAAAGCGAUUGCCACCCCUGUCCAGGGCGUUUGGGACAUGAGGAACAAGCAGUUCCACACGGGCAUUGAGAUCAAGGUGUGGGCCAUUGCGUGCUUCGCCCCCCAGCGCCAGUGCACGGAGGUCCACCUCAAGUCCUUCACGGAGCAGCUCAGGAAGAUCUCGAGAGACGCAGGAAUGCCGAUCCAGGGCCAGCCGUGCUUCUGUAAAUACGCCCAGGGGGCAGAUAGUGUGGAGCCCAUGUUCCGGCAUCUGAAGAACACGUACGCCGGCCUGCAGCUGGUGGUGGUCAUCCUGCCUGGAAAAACCCCCGUCUAUGCCGAGGUCAAGCGUGUAGGAGACACGGUGCUGGGGAUGGCCACGCAGUGUGUGCAGAUGAAGAACGUGCAGAGGACCACGCCGCAGACCCUGUCCAACCUCUGCCUGAAGAUCAACGUCAAACUGGGCGGCGUGAACAACAUCCUGCUGCCCCAGGGGAGGCCUCCGGUGUUCCAGCAGCCCGUCAUCUUUCUGGGGGCGGAUGUCACGCACCCACCUGCCGGGGACGGGAAGAAGCCGUCCAUCGCCGCCGUCGUGGGCAGCAUGGACGCCCACCCGAACCGCUACUGCGCCACCGUGCGCGUCCAGCAGCACCGGCAGGAGAUCAUCCAGGACCUGGCGGCCAUGGUGCGCGAGCUUCUCAUCCAGUUCUACAAGUCCACACGCUUCAAGCCCACCCGCAUCAUCUUCUACCGAGACGGUGUCUCCGAGGGGCAGUUCCAGCAGGUUCUUCACCACGAGUUACUGGCUAUCCGAGAGGCAUGCAUUAAGCUAGAAAAAGACUACCAGCCGGGGAUCACGUUCAUAGUGGUCCAGAAGAGGCACCACACUCGGCUCUUCUGCACCGACAAGAAUGAGCGGGUGGGGAAGAGCGGAAACAUUCCAGCAGGGACGACCGUGGACACGAAAAUCACCCACCCGACCGAGUUUGACUUCUACCUGUGUAGUCAUGCUGGCAUCCAGGGAACAAGCAGGCCUUCCCACUAUCACGUGCUUUGGGAUGACAAUCGUUUCUCUUCCGAUGAGCUGCAGAUUCUCACCUACCAGCUGUGUCACACCUACGUGCGCUGCACGCGCUCCGUGUCCAUCCCAGCGCCAGCAUACUAUGCUCACCUGGUGGCCUUCCGGGCCAGGUACCACCUGGUGGAUAAAGAACAUGAUAGUGCUGAAGGAAGCCAUACCUCCGGGCAGAGUAACGGACGAGACCACCAGGCGUUGGCAAAGGCAGUCCAGGUCCAUCAGGACACGCUGCGCACCAUGUACUUUGCUUGACAUGUUUUAGUGUUUACGAUUGUGUACCGAGUUGGAUUCACAUGAGACCAGCUACACUCAGACCAACAAAUGCCCAGCCCUUCCGUGACAGCCAGCAUCGAACAUGAGACGCCAUUGAUUUUAGUAGAUUCUCCAUUUUCCAGAAUGCCUUCCGUCCCAGAUUUCAAACUUGGAUUUUGAACUGCAGACCUGUAUGAGACCCCAUUGUCGUAGGAAAUAUGGUUUGCCAAAAUCUUAUAAGCUGCUUAUUAAAAUAGAGUCCCGUGUUUCCUAAAAAUCUCCUAAAACCAGUCUAUGAACUCAGGGCUUUAAAACAUUUUUAAUUUAUUUGGUCGUUCAGUUUACUUGUUUUUAACAUAUGAUUCUAUAUGAAAUUGAUGGGCUCAAACUAGCUGUGAACGUUCUGUGAGAGUGAAAGCAACAUAAAACACAUUGUGGUUUUAAAGCCUUGAACAUUCUGAUGCUGUCACUAAAGUUUAUUUCAGAGUGACACCUGUGUGCUCCUGACCUGGCUCCCACCAGCUGUCCGGGAUCCGAGGGCAGGGGCCAGGCGAGGUGCCCUGGUGUCUCUCGUUCUGCCACUGCCCGCCUUUCACUCAGCCCGAAGGAAGGAGGGGUGGCAGAAGGUGGGCCGUGUGUGUUUACAACAUUUAUAGGUCCAGAGGGAUUGGCAGACAAGUGCCAUUUUAAUAAAAAUUUAUUUAAAAAAAGAAAAAAGACAAUAUGCCGACAGUCUAAUCAUAAGAUUUGUCCUAUAGGACUGUGACAUUUAUUUUCCAAAGUUUCUAAAGAAUACGGGUCUGUGGUGAUAAAUACAGUACAAUCCUUUUUCACUGUUAUGUCUUUAAUGUAAGAGAAAAAUAUAUAUAUCUGGUUUGCAGUAUUAAUGUGAUAGAUAGAUGCUGUUUUUCAUUUUACUGACUACGGGGUGCUUCUUGUGAUCUGUUUAGCAUAUCAAGAGUGUUUUGGAGCCUGGAGCCUGGACCACCCUUGUGGUUUCUCAGUGCUUAAGUACAGGAGUAUGCAAUUGACUCAGUGUGCCCGCGGCCCACCCCCUCGUGUAGACCGCGCAGCCUGGACCCUCAGGAGGACCGAGUGUGCUCCCAGCGGUCACUCCCCCUCCCCGCCUCAUCCCCGUGUGUCGCUCAGCCAAUUAAGCACAAAUGGAAUGUAUGUAUCCUUCCACUCCUGGGAACGUGUCUGCGUAUCAGCGUGCACUUCUCUCUGCGUGUGGUUUGUUAGACAAGCGUCAUAGGAUCUAUGCACUGAAACACAGAGAAGGCUGUCGGUGGUGGCGCUCUGCGGGAUGCGAGGCCAGCGUUCCGCGAAGGAGCCCAGCCCUCGGGAGGAUGGCUGAUGGCGAAGCCAGCAGGAGAGGCAGACCCUUCUGCUAGGAUUUGCGUUCUGGGCCCCGGACGUGGGUUUGCCAGUCUAGAAUCCAUUGCACUAAGAGUGAUGCCGUGGACAGCUCGACAGGGGUAACAGCAGAGAGCUCCGUUUGUGCUAAAUGGGCUUUUUGUCCUUGUAGGCGGUUUUCUAAGAAUCAAAUCCACAUUCAGUACAGAGAUUCUAGGAAGGAGAUGAACCUUUCCCUAGUGCUGCUUCGUGCUCUGUAGGUUUCCUCUGGCCCUGCUGAUGGCCCUCCCAUCCCGGCCUGACAUUUACCUCUGGCGCUGUGGUGGGGUGAGGGUCCCGACCAGGGUGCCUCGUGCCGGGGUAAGCGCCCGCCUCGGUCUUGUGUGAGGGCUCCGCGGGGGCGGGCAAGCGCUGUCAUGGACACUCGGCCUGGAUUUUGGCGGCAACGACAAAGGGGUGACUAUUAUUUGUGACAAUAUAUACUCAAGAGUGGUGUGUGUGUGUGUGCGUGUGUGCGCGCGCGCGUGUGUGCAUGUGGGUGUCUUAUUAAUGGCAUUAGUCUCUUCUUGCUGUAUCUUUUUUUUUUUUUUGUCUUUUUAAAUGACAGAAGCCUCUGCUCUAAGAAAUGUUGCAAUUCCCUGUCAUUUUAUUAGCAAGUGGCACUUUCUUCUAUUCAGAAGGAUACCAGUACACUCUUGGCUCAAGUUACCGGGAGCAUUCAAGCUAAGGAGGGAAUCUUUUCACUAAUCCACUUUUAAAAUCUGAACUUAGGUUAGUUUUCAGUCAUUUUUAGGAUCAUCUAGAACCGUGUGUCUCGAAGGUAUGUUUCUACCACUUGCAACGGUAUCUCGGUGGUCGGGGCGGUGGUUGGGGCGUUGGCCGUAAAAACGCUGUGACUCCUGUGCUCGCUGCGGCCUCCGGGGUGGCGGCUGGGCAUCUGCGUUUUACACCAUCAGCCGGGGGCCCAGGGCUGCCUGGGGUCUGAGAACCUCUGAUCUAGAACCUUCUGGAGAGCGUGCUCCCUCAAGCACUCAGGGCCCAGCAGGGAGGGGCUCCCCAGCAAUGCAGGGAAACGUGUUCUAAGCGAAUACACUGGGCAGGAUCACAGGCUGGCAGAAAAUGAGACCUAAAUUUUUAAAAAAUCGUUUUGAAGGAAAAGUUUUCUUUCUAGAGGGCCAAAGUACUUUGAGAAAGGUACUUGUUACAGCCCUGUGCUUGUUUUAUAAAACUUUUACUACUCAAAAGCAUUCAUAAACCAAACGUCUCCAGCUGGGUUAGCUGCAUACCUUUGUACAUGUCUGAUGGUUCAGAAUUCAAAUGGCUGUAGUUACAAUUUCUCAGGUAAAGAACCGUUUUCCCAAAUUUCUACCAAUCCCCCCCCAUUAUUAGGAUAAAUUUUGAGACAGCGUAAAACCUCAAGGUGCAGUAGAAUAAGUCCAAGCCCUGUUCACGUGGAAGCCAAGAGGGGCCCUGCCCGUUCUGUGUGCGUCACGCCCGCCCAGGGCAACCUCGUGGCCGCCCGAGAGGGGCUCCGGGCACCUCCGGCCUCUGCCUGCAUUUGACAAGUUUCCUGAGGCCUGUGCGGGGCUGUGCAAAUUGCAGAGGUGUCCACUCGCCGCCGGCUUUGCCCAACCCCACUAAGUAAGGUGUGCCUUGCUUUAAGCAAACUGAAUGUGAAAAUUAUGAAGUAGAAAUCUGGAUUCAUUUCAAAGAAAAACUGGGAUUUAUCUCAUCUCUUCAGAAGAGGUCUCCCAAUUAGAUCCUUAUCCUGGUACUCUUCCUAGUAUAUUUUAAAAUAUUCACAGUAAGAAAAGUUAACAUAUUCCCAUCCCUUCACCACUUCCUAUUACGUUCGACAAGCUCUCACCCUAAUAGCUAAGUGAUGAAAGAAAGCCGGGGGAGCUGCUUCAAGUCGCCGUUUUGUAGGAGAGCCCUUUGGCCCUGCUGAGAUUCCAUCCUGCUGUUUGUGUACUUAUUAUAAUAAGCUCAGAUGUUCCUAGUUCAGAUAAGUGUUGUAAAACUGGGCAUACCUAUACUUUUAGAAAGGGAUUGUUUUAUUUUGGUUUUGGUUUUCUGUUUUGAGAAGACUUCACAUAUACACUUGAUACUACAUUUUAGGGUCUGCUUUUUCUUUUCAAGAUUGUGUUGCUUUUUGGUAGUGUUCUCACACUCCCGUGCAUGAAUGUUUGCACUCUAGAACCACGAGCGAUCCCUGGCCACUGCGCUGGCUUCCCCAGGAGGGACUUGUUGGAAGUGGAGUGAUUUCCGUGCUGUGUGAGUUUGGCCGUAAGCAGUGCUGUUGUGAUGUUUACCCCAGCGUGUGCUCAUUAGAAGAGACAGUUUAAGUUCAAUUCCUACAGCAGGGUUGUGGGCGGGUGGGUAUCGAUGUUAUAUUGUAUGUUAUUUUUAUUGUUGUUAAAUGCAAAUGUUGCUAUUUAUUUUUUCCUUUCUGCUCUGGUUUGAUUUGGCUGAUAUGGAUAUUCCAGUGCAUGUGGUACCUGAUGAAUAUGAUAGAAAUUAUUUUCCCCAACUUUUAUAAAUUACCGAAUGUUUACCUUCAAGUUUGCUGGAUGAUUUAUUUUUGAAAGCCACAAAUGUAAUUUUUCUGGAUGAAUUGUUUUUCUUAUAUAUGCAGCAAUGUAAUUUAACAUUGAUCUGCAGGGUGACUUAAAUUUUAUUUUUACAAGGCAGUUUUUCAGUCAGAUUAUAUAUUUGAUACAAUAUGUUAAGGGUAGACCAGCCACGCGCCGUGCAGUUGGGACACCAGACUGUCUCGAGGAGGCCUCUGGCGGCUGGGACGGCUUCUUUUGGUUGCUCGGCAUCAUGGAAGCACUAGGCUGUUUCAUAGAGCCACCCGUCAGGAUCUGGAUGGAGUCCUUGAGUGGGACUUUGAUCUGUUGGGCAGUUCAGAGGAUUUUUCAUGGGCAUUUUCCUACACCUAAGGCAGUUCCAUUAGGAGGAGCUUUAGAAGUUGACAUAAUCCAGACAGUGGACAAUCCCAGUGGCCCAGACAAGCCAUAGAAAUUUCCCCGUGACCUCUCUUUGACUCAUCUCUCACGCUCAUGAGAAAAGGAAUGUACAAUGAAUAGAAACUUCCUCAGUGUUCAUACGCCUCACUUUCAGAAUGCAAAUACUUUGUAUUUUAAGCCCUCCCCCAAAGUAACCAAGAAUAUUCUCUCUGGCUGCCGUGCCAGCAGUUUCGGCUGCUGUGACGUUUCUCAGUGUAGACACAGUGCACGUGUGACUUCGUAAUAGGGCUGUCCGUGUUACACACACAUGCUGACUUUUUUUGUAAGGAAAAUUUUCAACUCGAAAUAAUUGCACUGAUUUUUUGACAGCUUCCUUUUUAUUAUGUCCAACUUUGCAUCUGCUGUACUUGUUUGAAAUGAUUGUAAAUAGAUUUAGGAUAGCAGAAAUGAUGUAAUACAAUGCGUUGCUUUGUUUUAGUGAUCCUGCCACGUUUUUCAGUAUUAUGUGUUAGCGCCGUGUGGGCUGGCCGCUGCCCUUCCCCCUCUACAGCCAUGUGUAUGUGUGUGUGUUGACCAUUCAUGAAGGACAGAUUAGCCUCGUUGCUGUCUUUUUCUGGAAGGAAGUUUGCAGUGUAUUGGAAGAAGAGUGUGCUCUCUCCUUGCGGUCUGAGGUUUAAUUCUAAGAGGAUUAAUUGUAAAUCCUUUGAAUACUUCUGGUCUGUUUAAUUCCUCGUUAUUUGCCAUGACUCCCUAAAGCAUUUGCUGCUAGCUCCCUCCAGCAUUUGACAGCUUGGAUAGGAAGCAUCUGAACGGCCAAUGUUACUAGAGAGUCAGGGCCUCCCUUGCUUCUCUUUGGUCACCCGUCAUUUUAAAGCCAUGAGGUCGCUGUUAUGUCAAAACUGUCAUUUGUGGCUUAACCCAUAGAUGCCGGGCAGACCUGAGACGCAGUGCUGUUCCUCCUUUAGGCCUCGUGAUUUGGCCAGAUGAGAAGUACGUGCUCCAGCCCACAGUGUGUAAUUCUGUUUGUGAUCAGGCUACACAGUAUCAGACACACAAAGGAGCUUUUAAACCCAAACCAGUCAUCUGAGUGUGUGUUAAUGUCCUGUUGAUGCCAUCUCGGUGCCCUCACUUAGUGCUUUUUUGGAUGUUUUGCCAUUUUAUUGUCUAAAGUGAAUGUAUUGGCUUAGCCAUAUCACUACAGAAGGUGGUUUCUAAUACCUUUUAGUUUAAAAAUAAAUAAAUAAAUGCAGAUAAAGGCUACCUCUGAAUUCUUAAUAGAUUCAUGUUUGCUUUUAAGUGUAGCUAUCCACACUGAAAAUAGCCAAAAUGUUGCCUGAAUCAACUGAAUUGUGAACAAUCUCUCUGUUCAGUUCUGGCUUGAAAAUCUGUGUGCCGUACUGUGACCCACGGGCAGUCCCCUCCUCCCUCUCUGGGUGUCCGGGGUGGACCAGGGACUCCUCAGGGCUGCCCGGCUCCGAGAUGUUAGGACUCUCAGUGGCCAGCAGGAAGGAAACGCAAGGGCCUUUCUGCACCGUCCUCAGGUGCAGGGCCGUGUGUGGUGGGACCUGGAAGCGACCCACUGUCCUGGCUUUUCACUUUCCUAUUUGACAUAAGAAAGCACUUUUUUUUUCCUGCUUUACUUACGAAUGGGUUGAAAGUGUCUCCUUCUACUCUCUUCUCCCUUUUUGUACACUCUGUAAGAUCACAAAGGUGCUUAAACACCGACUCUCAUGCAAAUAGUACUUCAGUAGCUGCAUGGUUUCAAAAUGCAGUGCAGAUGUCAUUGACCUUUGACUUGGGAACCUUGAGUUACUAUCACUCUAUACUUUAAAGUGAGCUAAGGUUUGAAAGCAAAAUGUUCUGUUCAAAUCCAAGGCCCUUUGUUUGAAAGGAGCACAGGGUCCAGGGCGGCAGCAUCUUGAAUUAGGGGUUCCUGCUGCUGGCGCCCUGGACCAGGAUGCCAGCCUGCGGGGAGGCUGGCCUGGGAGAGAGCUCGGCAUCACGUGUCAUGAACCACUUUGCUGUCAGAAAUCUCGUCUGCCCACACACUGCUGUGGGUUGAUCAGUGUCGCCCCCCUGCUCCUUCGCGUCUUUUCUUUAGGUUCCUCGUGUUCUCCCGUCUUCAGAAGGUGAGCAUUUGCUCCAGAUCACUUGCACUGGUUUGCUCCUAAGUUCUGGAGGGACAGUUGGGCGCUGUUGCGGUUGCAGGCGUCUGGGUGUGAGGAGGCGGCUCCGCUCUCUUCUGGACGCUCAUCAGACCUUGACUUUGGCCCAGAGAGGUUCCAGGUGCACCAUUACGAGGAAGUCCUUGCCUUCAACGCUGCAUGCUGCGCUUUAAUUCCGAAAGCGCCAAGUGUCCUUUGCAGUCUAAGAAUGUGUAAUUCUGCAGUCGCGCUGUCCUAUAGACACAGACCACCCUAAGAAGCGUGGACAUUGGGGAGUGUCCGCCACGUCUGCUGACCUGCUUCUGGGGCUGCUGGGCUCUGAAGUGGCCUCGUUUUCAGCCAGAAACCCAUACAGGGUUUUUCAGGGGCCGCCGCGCAGCGGCCAGCUCCUCGCUUUAGUGAUGUCAGCCGUUGACUCAGAUCUCCCACCUGCUUUCUGCACUCAUGUCCCCAGCGUCCUGACGUGGGCCUCCCCCGGCAUCUUUGCGUUCAUGAAAGAUCAUUAAAGAUGAGGGAACUGAAGAUUACUGGUGCUUUUGGUAACACUUUUCUGUCUUAUUGGUUAAUGUGAAAAAUUCAGGUGUGUUAGAUCUUUAAACGCCCUUGGUGGUGUGACUGUAGGCUUGGAUCCUCACCUCACCCCCCUUCUUUAGGCGGUUGGAGGAGGCUGAAUUAUCUCCUAGUUACAACUUCCUUGGCCUCAAGUAGUUCAGAGUUAAAGCUACAACACCAAAUAUUGACUCCCCACCCCCACCCCCAAGUGUCUCCAGGAGCUUGAUGUUCAGGCCAACCUCAUUCGGUACUUCUGGAAUCUUCAAGGUCCUCAGAACCAUGAGUUGAUGCUAGGAAUGUGCCCCUUCACCGCCCACCACCACCGACCAGGCUGGGGUGCGAUGCGGAUGGGCUGCCCGGCCCCGCUGGACGGAACUGGGGGGCCCAGGGCUCCUCUGGACUCUGGACUCUGGAGAUGCUGGGAACGAUGCUGGGGGGUGGGAGAGGGCAGCCCCUCUGACCCAGGAGGCAGGCGGUGCCCAGGCCUCCCCUGGUCUCCAGAGGCCAGGGGUGCCAGACUGAGCGUGUUCUGGAGACCCCGUCUCAGCCUCCGUGCCUUUCAAGUCCGGUCCUCAGUGUCCUUUCGAAAUCACGUUGGGGCUGCGUUGUUGGGAAGGAAGCCUGGCCCGACGCACGGUCAGUCGCUGGCCCUCUGCCUUUGAAGCCGCCUCCGCUCCUCGGCUCCUGAGCACUGUCUCCUGUGGGAAAUCGCUGGGUUCUGGCCGCGUGGCUCCUCCCAGGCCCUGAGCACGUCCGUCCACAGGACCCCUCUCUUAGUCAGGUGCUGACGGUGACCACCGGCAAACCUGGGGGUUUUGUUCUCAAGGUCACUCAAUGAGAAUGUUGAGUGUAAUGGAACUAGAUUGUUUUCAAAAAGGAAUUGGAAUUGGAGUCGUGUCUUUGUAAAAUGCGUGGGAAGUCCUCAGAUGUCAGGUGCUAUUUCAGUUGUUGGAGUGCCCCGCGUUGUUGUUGUUUUGUGACGUGCUGGGAAACUGCUUCCUCGGGAGUGGUGUCACCUGGAGCUGUGCACGUAGGACUUGGGUUUCGACGUCUCAAAGAUGCAGGUUUUAGCUCUGACUUUUCCAAGCCAGGUAUUGAGUUGAGCAGUUUUCUCGGCUGACGGUCUAAUUAAAAGCCACCCUCCUCUGUCAGUGGAUGGUUUUAAGCGGGGGAAAUAACCCAAUGUUACUUAUUUUAAACUGUCUAGAAAAGCCUUCGAGGUGGCAGCUCUUGGCCCUUCCGUCUCCCCCUACCAGGCACCGGGGGGACUGCGGGCGGCUUUGGGGGGCCGUAACACAGCGAUGAUGCGGGCUCCUCUUCAAAGCCAAAUAGACACGUGACUAAAAUCCUGGAAGUCUGCGGUUUAGCACUGAACUGAAAUUCGCCUCCUGAGUUUUAUAGUGGAUUUUACAUGUAGUUGUUGAAGGUAUAAAAUCAUGUUUUGUAACUGUAGCGGCAAGUGAGUUUUUACUUUUUAAAAAGUUUUAAGGGAAUAAUUGUAAGUUUCUGUGCAGCAAAGUGGCUAAUUAUUCAUUAAAUACAAGAAUGUAGUGUCUAAAUCCAGAUUUUUUCUUACCUCUGGUACACUUCAGAUUACUUACCUAAUAUGUAUUGAGGGGUUUUAACCCUGAGUUUUAUCGACUUUUCUAGUUUUAUUUUAUUUUUAUAAAAUAAUUGAAAAAAACAAAAAUGAAUUCAGAAGUUCCAUAGGUAGAUCUUGACCCUUCUUAAUUUUCUCCCACAAAAAAAAUUUUAGAAGACAUUUUGAAUCAAAAUGUAUUAUGACCAUUUAAAGUUUACUGUUUUCUAAGAAGCUGAGCAGCUAAAGGGCCUCAUUUCAGGUGGUACUGCGCGUACUGUCUGCGGACUCGUUUACCUGUGCGGUGGGUCUACGUGACGAUGUCUUGUGCUUGCAAUAUAGAAACCGUGCAGUGCUGUUGUGUACAUUGACAGUUCCUGUAUAAACUAGUAUUUAUAUACAUUGGCCUCUCUGUAUAACUUUUCAUUUGCUUACAUGAAUUGUAAAAUUAAAUAUAAAAUUAUAGUACCUGCUAAAUACAAAUCUGAGGCUUCCUGUCCUUGUCUUUAGUUUGAUACCAUUCUGUGUGUUUUGAGGAUGUCCAAUGCUUGCAUGAUGGUAGGUGGUAAUGCCACUUUAAAUUAAGCCUUAAUCAGAUGUUAAAUUUGUAAGUUUCACAGUAUGCAAAAAUAUUAGGCAGAAUGAGUUUAAACUGUUCAGAUCAAGAUGCUAUAUCAUAAUUCAACAAGUCUUUUCUCCGGAGUUAUAAAGGGAAACUUUCAGUGAUACAUACAGAUCUGUCUCUCUCUCUCUCUCUCUUUCUGGUCUGGCUUGGCUGUUGCCAUUGCUUGAUGAAAAUGGACCAUUGUGCAUUUCUGUGGCAGUCAGUCAAAAAGACCUGUUCUAAAAGUCUUGAGACUUUUUCAGGGUUAUUUUUAAAUGUUUGAUUUUUUUUUUUUUCCCUCCAGUCUGAGAUGUAUUUAUGGCUGAUGGAGAGUAUGAUUUAGGCAUAAAUCUUUGCAAACCUGCUCAUGUUCUAAGCUUUCUUCAGGUAGUGCCACCUGUCAUUGCUUCUGCAUAUGAUUAAAUGGAUUUUUGUUUUUGUAAAAGCAUCUUAAAUUUAGACAUAAAAUGGAGGGGACCCAGCUUUCUUUACAAUGUGGAUCUACCUCAGUUAAACAGUUGGGUGCUAUUUACUAAGUCUGUCAAAUUAAAUUGGAAAAAGUAACAAAACAGUGAAAUAUAACUCCACACAAAGCUUGAAAUCAUAAUUUCCGUUUAUUUAAUAAUAUCUAUUUAUUUUGUGCCUUUUGUGUUGAAUCCUAAUGCAUUGAAAAAAUCAGUAUGAAAUUAAAUAUUUUAUAUUGUACAUGGGGAGAAAAAGCCCAAUUGGUCAUGGAAUUUGAUAGAUCACCCCAGCCAACUAAACACUAACGUAUACUGGAAUCCCAACUGCCCUCUUGUGAAAAGAAACAUAGAAUUAUGUCCAAGAGCAAAUUUGACAUUUUACAAGCAAAUUCCAAACUCUUCUACGCAUAUAUUUGUAGCUAUCACUUCAUUUUCUGUGCCAAUGAAGGGGCGACCAAAAACAACUCACAAACACUCUUUGUCAUUGCUUUUUCACCACACGUGCCCUCCCGGCCUUCCUCUGGCGUAUUUUAUAAGUUUAUUUCCUAAGCAGCGAAUGGACUAUUGUUGAUUUCAUCUCUCCCACCCUCCUGGUGUGGGUGUUGGUGACCAUCGACAGAGGAAGGGAGGGCCGCUGGCCGUGGGGGGGGGGCAGGGGAGGGGUGCUGCCUGCAGCAGCAGCCCCAGGGUUUCUGUAAGUUAGGAAAGCUUUCUGGCAGGUGAGAAAAUCGGAUAGAUCGAUGACUUUCCAUGCUUUUAUAUUUGGCAGUUUACAAGUCUAGACUUUUCCUACUAUGGCAAUCUUUUUUAACUUAAUUCUUUGGAGGUAACACAAUAUUUUGGAGUCUUAAGAAUUUGAUUUUAUACCAAUAAGAAAUAAAAAUUAGGGAUCUUUCCUGUAGUAUAUAGUUUUACUAUUUUAAAGAGAUCUCUGAACUUUACAAGAGAACCAACAUUCCUUAGUGGCAUAACUUUGAAAGUUGAUUUGGGAGGCUUUUUGCUUCAGGAUCUCAAAAAAAUUGGGAUGAUUCUAGUUAAAUGUUUUUAAUUUUUAAAAUUCCAUCAGGUCAAUACUUAAGCUAUAUUUGUAAAGAGUAAAUCAUCCUUUAGUAUGCUGCAUGUAAAGAUCAGCGUUGUUGCACUUUCUCAAUAAUAAUAAAUGCCCUACAAUUGGCUCACCAGUAAGCAUUUUGUUUUUUACCUAACAAGAGUACUUUGGGGCAGGUGAUUAAAUUUAUAUAGGUACCUCAAGAAAAAGAACCUGAAUAUGCUGCAUUUUGUUUCUUUAGCUUUUAUACGUAGCAUUUUGUUCUGCUCUUAUGAUUUUGUUUAGAUAUAUGCUUUUUGGACCCCAGUAGACUGUUAAAAGAGAUUUUAAAGUUACUUUUGUAGGGAUACAGUAUCUUUUUUUUUUUUUUUUUUUUUUUUUAACGUACUGCAAUAUCUGGUUCAAAGGUUGCCCACCAGGAGAUUAAUACUUUACCCAAAUACACCUGAGAAAAAGGAUACCAUGUUUAUAAGCAGACAAUAAUGUUCCCAAUCCUUUCUGUUCAUGCUGCUUUCUUAAUUCUUUUCUCCAUAUCAUCAAGAGGUUGGACGACUUAUUUCUAAGGUCAGACUUAAACAUCAUAGCAUCGUAACGUUUUCAACACAGACCUCACAAAAUUGCCAUUGAGUAAGUAGCAUGAUCCUAAAGGUAUUGCUGGCACUAGGCAGCCGGAUCCAUCUGGGCUCUGAAGAGCCGGUCUUCACACUUCUCUAUUCCCCAGCACUCACCCCAAACUGAACAGACGGGGAGUGGUCUUGAUUGACAAAGAUUAAACUGGUGAAGAAAGCUAAAGGCUGAGACACUGAGCAUCUAUUGUCGUGUUUAAGCUUAGCUGGGUCCUUUAGAGUUUGUUUUACAGCUUACUAGGUUAAGUAGUUUGCACUAUUUUUGCAAUAAAUUCAUGGAAAACCUAACAGUUACUUGUUUUGUUUCUUACUGUGUGUAUAUAAACUAAUACUAAAAAGUUUGGCAUAGUGUUUUUUUCACCUCCUUACAUAACCCUUAACAUGCACAGAAUGCUGUAAAUCUGAUACAAUAUGAUGUGAAUGAUAUUUUAUAAAGUUAUUUUGUAUGGUGUCAAUUUUGUUUUGCCUCAUAGUAUGUCAGCAAAAAAUAAAAUAAAAUUCCUCGUAUUUACAGCU